UAUUUUGAAAUUAUGUUUACUGAUUGUAAUAUAAAGGCUAAUUAAAAAAAAAUAUUUAGCUACAAUUGUGUUUCAUAUUCCUUAGAUAAACAUUAUGUUUUGUGAUUAUAUAUUCUUUAUUCAUAAUUAUGAUAGAGAUUGAUAAGGGAUUAAAGAAUUGAAAAAGUGAAGCAAUGAUUUCAAAACUUAAUAGACUUGAACCUAAGUGAAAAUAUUGAGGUAUAUGUUUGAAACAUUAAGAAUGGAUGACAUACAGGAAGUACGGCAGCUGGAGUUGCUCUGCAAGCAGUUGUAUGAAUCACAAGAUUCUACUCAUCGUGCAGAGGCAGAGAAAGCACUUGUUGCAUUCCAAAAUGCACCAGAUACACUUGCAAAGUGCCAGCUGCUGCUUGCACGAGGGGACUCUGCAUAUGCACAAUUGUUGGCAGCAACAACUUUGACAAAGCUGGUCUCACGUUCUGGUGGACUCAGUUUACAACAAAGGCUUGACAUAAGGAAUUAUGUUUUGAACUAUUUAGCAACACAACCAAAAUUACCAAACUUUGUGAUACAAGCUUUGGUCACAUUAUUUGCCAGAAUAUCAAAGCUUGGUUGGUUUGAUUCUGAUAAAGAUGAAUUUGUCUUUAGAAAUGUGGUCAAUGAUGUAACAAAAUUUCUUCAGGGGUCAGUGGAGCACUAUAUGAUUGGAGUCCAGUUACUUUCCCAAUUGACUUGUGAAAUGAAUCAAGUAACAGAUGUUGAUGCAAAUAGGUCUCUCACUAAACAUAGAAAAAUUGCUAGUAGCUUCAGAGACACACAAUUGUUUGAGAUAUUUAAGUUAUCAUGUACUUAUCUAAGUACAGCACGUGAGAACUGUAAAAAUUUAGACUUUAAUGAUGAGGCACAGAAUGGUCUGAUCAGACAGCUUUUAAAGCUGGCACAGAAUUGUUUAACAUUUGACUUUAUUGGAACAUCAGCAGAUGAAAGUUCCGAAGACUACUGUGCAAUACAGAUUCCACAUUAUUGGAAACCAAUAUUUUUGAAUUCUACUUAUUCGUUAAAGCUUUUCUUUGAUCUAUAUCAUAGUUUACCUACCUCAUUGUCAUCACUAGCCCUCUCAUGUUUGGUCCAAAUCGCAUCUGUCAGAAGAAGUUUAUUUUCCAAUCUUGAAAGGACACAGUUUUUAACACACUUAGUAAACGGUGUGACCAAUAUAAUACAAAAUCCACGAGGUCUAAGCGAUCCCGCAAACUACCAUGAAUUUUGUAGACUAAUCUUAAGGCUAAAAAGCAAUUUUCAAUUGGGAGAACUGAUUUUAUUAGAACAUUAUCCGGAGGAUAUAGAAUUAAUUGCUAAAUUUACAGUCCAAAGUUUGCGGAUGUGGCAAUUUUCACCAAACAGUUUGCAUUACCUUUUAACUCUGUGGCAAAAGAUGGUGUCAUCUUUACCUUACGUUAAAACAGGAGAUCGACAUUUAUUAGAUGUCUAUACACCGGAAGUUGUGAAUGCAUAUAUCACUUCAAGAUUUGACUCAGUUGCUAUAGUAGUUAGGGAUCGUUUAGAAGACCCGCUCGACGAUUUAGCAGUAGUACAUCAACAAUUGGAGCAGAUAUCGGUAAUUGGAAGGUGUGAAUAUCAGAAAACUUAUACCUUAUUAGUACAACUCUUCGAUCAAGCUGCACGAGCAUACCAAGAACUACUGACUCAAACAUCGUCUCCAAGUCAGCAAAUGGAUAUCACCAUAAGGGAAGGUCAACUCACGUGGCUUGUAUACAUUAUAGGUGGUGUCAUUGGUGGGAAAGUAACAUUUAACAAUAACGAAGAGUAUGAUGCAGUGGAUAGUGAACUAGUUUGCAAAGUACUUCAAUUAAUGCAUCUGACUGAUUCACAACUUGCACAAGGUGGUGGCUGUGAAAAAUUGGAGCUAGCGAUGUUGAGCUUUUUCGAACAAUUUCGUAAAAUAUAUGUGGGUGAACAAGUUCAAAAAAAUCCGAAAGUUUAUAGAAGACUUUCGGACGUUUUAGGAGUGAACGAUGAAUCUAUGACGCUUGGUAUUCUUAUUCGAAAAAUUAUAACAAAUUUGAAAUACUGGGGUCGUAGCGAACAAAUUAUCUCGAAAACGCUACAUUCAUUAAACGAUUUAUCAGUGGGUUUUAGCUGUGUUCGGAAACUUGUAAAAUUAGAGGAAGUACAAUUUAUGCUCAACAAUCACACAGGAGAGCACUUUCCAUUUCUGGGAAACAAUGUUCCUGUAUCAGAAAUGCGUUGUAGAUCAAUGUUUUACACGUCCUUGGGUAGAUUGUUAAUGGUAGAUUUAGGAGAAGAUGAAGAAAGGUUUCACACGUUUAUGUUACCUUUAACAGGUGCAUUGGAAAGUUUGGGACAAUUGAUGGGUGCCGCAGAUCCUUCACUUUUUGCAGCAGAAGAUGCGAAAAAGGCUUUGAUCGGUUUAGCAAGAGAUUUAAGAGGCUUAGCAUUUGCAUUUAACACAAAAACAUCGUACAUGAUGCUUUGGGAUUGGAUAUAUCCAAAUUACACACCAAUUUUAUUACAUGCCGUAGAAUUAUGGCAUUAUGAACCACAAGUUACAACACCCGUCCUAAAAUUGUUUGCCGAAUUAGCACAAAAUAGAAGUCAACGAUUACAAUUCGAUGCAUCUUCUCCGCAUGGAAUGUUAUUAUUUCGUGAAGCUAGCAAAGUGAUAUGUAGUUACGGUAAUCGUAUAUUGAAUGUUGAUGUUCCAAAGGAUCAAAUAUACCCUUUAAAACUAAAGGGGAUAAGUAUAUGCUUCAGUAUGUUGAAAGCAGCUUUGUGCGGGAAUUAUGUGAAUUUCGGAGCGUUCAGAUUGUAUGGGGACGAGGCGUUGGAUAAUGCACUUAACACAUUUAUAAAAUUACUUCUUAGUAUACCACAGAGUGAUUUAUUGCAUUAUUCAAAGUUGUCUGUAACGUACUAUCUGUUACUCGAGUAUUUGGCACAGGAUCAUAUGGUAUUCCUUGCUACCUUGGAGCCCAGAGUCUUUUUGUAUAUUCUAUCAAGCAUCAGCGAAGGCCUUACAGCACUAGAUACAAUGAUUUCUACUGGCAGUUGCUCCACCCUCGAUCAUAUUGUGUCUUAUUUAUUUAAACAUCUUUAUCCAAAAGGAAACUAUGCUAGGAGAAAAAAUGCUGUAGUUCCAGGGGGCGGAGACUUAUUUCUACAAGUUCUGAAACAACAUCCUGAAAUCCUCCAACAAAUAUUAAGUACAAUUUUAAAUGUGAUAAUGUUUGAGGAUUGUAGAAAUCAAUGGGGUAUGUCGCGUCCUCUUUUGGUACUGAUUCUCUUAAAUGAGGAAUAUUUUAAUCAGUUACGAGAAAAUAUUAUUAGAAGUCAACCAGUUGAUAAGCAGGCAACAAUGGCGCAGUGGUUUGAAAAUUUAAUGGAGGGAGUCGAGAGGAAUCUACUUACAAGAAAUAGAGACAAGUUUACACAAAAUUUGUCGAUGCUUAUAAAAGAUAUAAAUGAAACCAUGAAAGGACCGUACUCAUCUGCAAAUGUUACCAAUGAUAAUAUGAUGACAUUGCAGUGAUACCGCUCUCUUGCUACUAGAUUCUCCUAGGUUCUUGCCUGCCAAAAUGCUUGAAUGUGUGUGCGAGUGAACUUAUAAAUUAUGGUGGAUUUAAAAUUAUGGUUUUAGAUGAGUAUAAAGAUAACAAAUCAAAUACUGUUGUUUUAUAGAACCACUAUUUCGUGGCUUCCUAUUCUCUUGCAACCUUACUUUGUUUUUUAAAGUUUCUUUGAAUCACACAAUCAUUUCAAAAUCGGUAAGAACGAAACCUCCAAACUUAAUUUUUUUAAAUAUAUGUUGUAUACUUAUAGCUUUUCUUAAGCUGACAUUAAACCGUUAUUGAUCCUAUUAAUAAUAUUUGCCAACAAAAAAUAACGAAUUGUCUUUAUUACCUUUAUACUCCUAUUGUUUACAGAUAAAAUUCGUUGGACUAUAAAAUCUAGACAUAAAUCUGAUAAACCACCAAAUCAAUUACAGGCAUCUUAUUUCAAUAGAAACAAAAAGUUCGCUUUUCACCGUGACUUUAUUUUGAACAUCUAGUGCCAAGUUUCGGACUUAAUGUGCAUUGUCUUACAUUAAAAUUUUACAUCACAUAUACAAAUUUCAUACUACUGUCACUAUUUUUAAAUAAUGUGGAAACAUGCAGCUUAGAAUAGGAAGCCAAUUAUAUAAAUUACGAUC